UCUGCCCAGGGGUACAUGGAUCCACGUGGGAUAGUGUGUGUGUCUCCUGUCUGCCCUGGGGCACAUGGAUCAAUUUUUUAGACAUGCUAUUUGUUUAUGACUGACCAUUCUGCAGCCAAAGUGCAAGUCUUGAUGAAUGUGUCUGACUUCUACAUUUCUGUUGAUGCUUGCUUUUCAUCCCGUCUUGAAACACUAUUUUAAAGGGGCAACCUACAAAUUAUUGAGUUUAAGGCAUUUUCCCAGUGACUCUCAUUUAUAAUCUUCUGGAUUAUAGUGUUUUAUCAGCAUUCCAUCUGGGCUUUCACUUAUAUUACAUCCAUAUUGUAUCCAGACUGUGUAGUAGACUCUUGUCUUUAGCUCACUGAAGUUCAGCUCUCCCUGGAGCAGUUCACUGUUGCGACACCUGCUAGACCAGAAGACAGUUACUGCUCUGACUGAACUAGUAAUUGGCUUAAUUAGAGCUUUCCAAUUAAUAGGUGAGUGACCAGACAUCUCCCAGUUGAUGAAGAACUGUAGACUAAAAAUAAAUUCUGAUAACUAAUCUAAUCAGUUUAAUUAAAGCCUUAAUUAAACAAUCAAAAAAGUUGUAAGUAGAAGAUACUAGAAUCCCAAGGAUUGCAGUGGUGAAUCACGGGCCUUAUGGUCUCAGGGAGCCUGAUAGGAAACAUUCAGUGUGUUUCUGGUUCCUCUGAUAUUUUUCCAUCCUUCAAAGUCUUUGGUCAAUUCAGUUGUUUUAUUAAAUUAAAAUGCAAAACUGUUUUCAAGUGAUACAAAAGGUUGAUCAUCAACACCUUUGAAAGUGACAGUGUCACCUCUGGUUUAGAGGUGUGACUUCGAGUUGAAUGGGAUGGGGUGGGGUUGAUAGUGGUGUGAUUGUCUGGUCUCAAUUUGAGUAAUGGGGAUGAACACCAAAAAAUGAUGCACGCAGUUCGAACCUGGUUCCUCUGGGUGUCCUCCUCUUCUUGGGACUGGCCAGCAGAGAUCCUGAAGAGCUGCAGCUGAGCAGGUCCUGUCGGUCUCCCAGGACGAACCGGCAGUGCAGAGGGGACCUGGACCCAUGUGCGGCCUUCUGUGUAACCUGGGGGAAGCGUUCCACACAGCCUCCGUGCUGCACGCCUGAUCAGGCUCGCCGGGGGGCGUGUCCCACCCGAGAGAGUCCUGCCCCAGCAUCGGCGCGUAUCCACUGGGGCAAGGAGAGAGCUUUUGGACAGUUGUGGGAAAAGGCACAGAAGUUUUUAUGGGUUGUGCAGAAGGGAGAGGUGUAGAUUGGACGGGUUGUGAUUUAAAAGGUUUACGUGGGACAGAGUCAAUUAACAGGGGCUGACGGGGCUUUUUUAACACCUAAGAGUUCAGAGUUGUUUUUGGCGAAAGUGAGCGCCGGCUCGCCGGGCCUGGGGCCUGUCUCCUCUUGUGCAGUUGCCCAGCGAGUCAGCAGCUCAGGCUGUGAGUGUUACAGAACCAGCAAGGCUGAGGGGUUGGGCACGAAGCACUGCAGUGGCUCCCCUGCUCAGGUGGUUGAUGGCGAAUUGCGCUAGGUGUCUGGAUGUCGGGAUAGGAGUAAAUUCAGGGUGGACGAUGAUGCAUGUCGGAUGGCGACUCUCCUGCCCGUGUUUAACCCCCUCUCUCCCGCUCUGCUCCAUGUGCACGGGGCAACAGAUGACACCAGGGUUCUGGCAGACAUGGAAGGAGUUUGAGAUCCGGCACGGGAACGAGGACACGAUCCGGGAGAUGCUCCGGAUCAAGCGCAGCGUGCAGGCCACCUACAACACACAGGUCAACUUCAUGUCCUCCCAGAUGCUCAAGGCCUCCACCAGCUCCACUGGCACAGUGUCCGACCUGGCCCCUGGGCAGAGCGGUAUAGACGACAUGAAGAUGCUGGAGCAGAAGGCCCGACAGCUGGCCGCCGAGGCUGAAGAGGACCGGCCCAAGCCCAAGGACAAGAUCCUGUUCGUGAGGUCAGUCUACCGCAGAGUCCCAGGCCUCCGGCCUGCUGCGCCGGGCUGCAGUGUCCCAGGCCAGUCCCAGAUUUUCUGAUCUAGCAGGUGUAGCACAGGGGCCUGCUGU